ACCGCGUGACCCGCGGCCACGUGACGCGCGCGGGCCGGGCCACUUGUGCUGUAGCCGCUGCAGCCGCGGGAAGCCUGCGAGUCGAGAUGAAGCUCAUUAUCCUGGAACACUAUUCCCAGGCCAGCGAGUGGGCGGCCAAGUAUAUUAGGAACCGCAUCAUCCAGUUUAACCCAGGGCCUGACAAGUACUUCACGCUGGGGCUCCCCACCGGGAGCACCCCACUUGGCUGCUACCAGAAGCUGAUUGAAUACUAUAAGAAUGGGGACCUGUCCUUUAAAUAUGUGAAAACCUUCAACAUGGACGAGUAUGUGGGUCUUCCUCGAGAGCACCCAGAGAGCUACCACUCCUUCAUGUGGAAUAAUUUCUUCAAGCACAUUGACAUCCACCCUGAAAACACCCACAUUUUGGAUGGGAAUGCGGCAGACCUGCAGGCCGAGUGCGACGCCUUUGAGGAGAAGAUCCAGGCUGCAGGAGGGAUUGAACUCUUUGUCGGAGGCAUUGGCCCCGAUGGACACAUUGCCUUCAAUGAGCCAGGCUCCAGUCUGGUGUCCAGGACCCGUGUGAAGACUCUGGCCAUGGACACCAUCCUGGCCAACGCUAGAUUCUUUGAUGGUGAUCUUGCCAAGGUGCCCACCAUGGCCCUGACAGUGGGUGUGGGCACCGUCAUGGAUGCUAAAGAGGUGAUGAUCCUCAUCACAGGUGCUCACAAGGCUUUCGCUCUGUACAAAGCCAUUGAGGAGGGCGUGAACCACAUGUGGACGGUGUCUGCCUUUCAGCAGCAUCCUCGCACCGUGUUUGUGUGUGAUGAGGAUGCCACCUUGGAACUAAAAGUGAAGACAGUCAAGUAUUUCAAAGGUUUAAUGCUUGUUCAUAACAAGUUGGUGGACCCCCUGUACAGUAUCAAGGAGAAGGAAAUUCAGAAAAGCCAAUCUGCUAAGAAGCCAUACAGUGACUAGCUUGUACUCAGUACCUCAGAGGAGCAGGCAGGUUUUUCCGGAAAGUGUCUGUAGGAGAGUAGAAUUACUUUUCAGUCCACUAUGGCUGCUGCAGAUCCUUGGCUAGGCACAUACAGGCUGAGGAGCUAUGGAAAACAUUGUUCAUAACUUUUCCCCCUUUUUCAGUACUGGGAGCUGAAACUGGGGAGGUUCUUUGCUAACUGAGCUAUGUCCCCAACUUUCUGCCCCCUUUCAUAAUUUUUUUGUAACAAUCAGAGAUCUGUAUCACUGACUGUCAUUAUACCCAGGUGAGGACUCCACUUCUCUUCUGCCCCUAUGCACGUGGCCAGCACAUUUCCAUUGAGGAAUUCUGCCUGUAUAUGCACCUUUUCUCGAGUGGGCAGGGAUUAGGGCUUGUGCAUUUUGGACAUAACCUUUUUGGAGUUUUGAGAGCCCCUCUUCUGCCAGCCUUCCUAUUGGGAAUUUUUGUUUUAGAGAAUGCACUUCCAGAACCUGAAUUAUGCACAAGCAAGCAGCCCUUCCUGCCAGAACCAAGUACUUGGGGGAGAAGCCUGUCCCCUGUUCCCAUUGGGUGGAUUCUUUCCUGUUGUCAAUAGCUAGCCUUUCUGUAAACAGACUUUCUGGGUAGGAUUAGGCAUGUUGGGCUAAGAUGGCUUUCACAGAUACACUCAAAGCUCCCAAAGGCCAGCCAUGUAUUGUUCUCUCUCAAGAGUCCAACAAGAGAAAGGUGGAAAGCCCUCCUGUCCGAGCUCUGUUCUCAACAGAUUCUUUUCACACUCCCUAGUAAGGAGAUCCCCUCCGGUCACAAAAAUGGCCAUGAUUUUAGUGUUUUCUACUCAAGGUGGGGAGCUUGCAUCUGCACAUAUGUGCUCUGCUCUCCAGCCUCCUCAGAGCUGAGUGCCAACAUUAUACAUGCUAGUGCUGUCUCCUCGCUUAAACCCCUGGCAUUCCCACCUCAGGUUUACAAGGUAUCCUCUGUUCUCCAAGCAUCACAACCAAGCCUUCACCCACCUGUCCUUCCAGCUCCUGUCCUUCCCAGGCUCUUCUGCUCCUCUGCUCCUUGGCCUCCUUUUAUAUUCUCCACCUCUCUGGAGUGGUUGCUGCCUCCUUUUCUGUCCUUGUGCCUGUCUGAAGCUAGAGCUGCCUAUUUCUAGGAGAGGUCUUUCAGAUCCUGGCCCAGGCCUCUCCAGAAGUACUGUGUUUGGUACCAGCAUUUGUUUGUAGUUUUUAUAUGUGAUUGUGCUGUCAUUCUGUGUUAAGCUAAUGGAUCAAUGGACUUGUUUACAAUGUGAUAUUUUCUAUUAAAUUUAAUAUUUUCAAAUAAAAUUUGUCUUUUGUGGA